GAAACUGCAUGUUAAGAAUUUUCUUGGCAAAACUGGUUUAUGUGAACGCUUGUUGUGUAUACAUAUCCGUAUUUUAAGGCAGUGCAGUGGUCGCGACUCGUCUGUACGCACCGCCAUAAUAAUCUGCGCUUAAUGCAAACUCGUCAGCAUUGUAUGCAAAGUCUACUCAACAUUAAAUUUAAUAGCCGGAUUUUUUUCAGUUUUUGAGAAGGAAGUUUUACUUUUUUUGUCGACCAUCGGAAUCGUGCUUUAAGAGCAGUAAGAAUACAAUCAUGGAACGCUGGCAAGGCCGAACAGCCCUGGUUACCGGCGCUUCGUCCGGUAUUGGCUAUGCCAUCGCCGAGGCGUUAGCGCAGAAAGGAAUGAAAGUCAUCGGUUGCGCCAGGAAUAUCACGAAAAUUCAGGAAUGUGCGAAGCAAUACAAAAAUGGACCCGGCGUCCUGGAAGCCUUCCAGUGUGACGUUAGCAAGCCGGAGCAGAUCACAGCGAUGUUCGAUCACAUUGCACAGCAGUACGGGCAUGUUGAUGUUCUUGUGAACAAUGCUGGUCUGAACCAUAUGGAUACGUUGAUGGCGGGGCGGACCGAGAAGUGGCGAGAGGUGUUCGAAGUCAAUGUCCUUGGAUUGUGUAUUGGCGCUAGGGAAGCGCUCAAACUAAUGCAGAAAAAGGGGAUCACGGAUGGCAAUAUCAUUAAUAUUAACAGUUUAGCCGGUCACGCCGAAUUCCAUUUCCCCGAAGCGCAUUUUUACUCGGGAACCAAGCAUAUGGUCACUUCGCUGACGGAGUCUCUGCACCGCGAGGUCCGCGCGAUGGAGCCGAAAAAUAACAUCAGAAUAACGGAUAUAAGCCCCGGGGUCGUGAUUACGGAGAUUGUUGGCCGAGCGCUCAGUCAAGCGGAUCAUCCACUGGAACCGUCCGCUGCUUUUACCGCCAAUUACCAAAUGUUGAAUGCCAGCGACAUUGCCGACAGUGUGGUGUACGUGCUGUCAGCGCCACAACAUGUCAAUGUGAAAACUCUCAUUGUUUGCCCCACGCAGCAGCCGGUAUUGUAGAUGCGGACAACUGGCACUGUGUGAGUAAUGUAUGUAAUCACGAAUGAUUAUGUCAGACAUCAGACCAACUGAGACGGUGUUAAUAAACGCUUUCACUCUUCUUGUCUGCUUCUACU